CGCUCACCUACCGUCUCGGCGGUUGGAAUCGGAUCAAGCGUCUGAGACUUCUUUGGCCGAAUAAUCGGCGAUUCCCACCAUGUUUGGGCGGCGCAGUAGACCCGCUGAAUCAGAAGCGGCUGUACCGCGAUUUUUCUUCGCCAGUAUAGAAAUACGAUUUCAAAAAUAAAGACGCGGUGGAUGCCUUCCCCCGUAAAUAACAGUCUCGCGUGUCGUCUUGUCGAUUUCUGCCUUCCUUUUUACAAUUUGGGGGCGCGCGCUGCCGCUGCAGCGAGUCCUAGGGUUUUCGAACCGGGCCAAGGCCCGCCAUGGCUUCCAAGGUCUCUUCCGCAGUCUCCGCCGGCAAAUCGGAGCCCCCAGCUGCUGUCCAGAUUGAUGGAGUGAAGGAAGGGGUGCCUACUACUCGUGACAUUCUUUCUGUUAUUGAUUCCUUGAAGAAACAAGUUGUUUCUGAUCGUUGCAUCCUCAUCAAGAAAAGAAUUGAAGAGAACAAACAGAAACUAAGUGGCAUUACACAGCAUAUCUACAAUAUGUCAAAGUUCAGGAGAAACAAUACAGCUGAAAGUAGUGAUGCUGGUGUGGAUUUGCUUACAAGAAGGCAAAAUGAUGCACUUUGCAUGCUAAAUAACCUUGACAUCUCCUGUACAGAUAAAGAUAGCAGUGGUUACCAAGAAGAAAGUUCCCAUACACCAUCAGCUAUUCUUUUUGGUCAAAACUUUGGUGGAAAGAAUUCAAUCCGUCCUAUCAAACUAGCUGAAAUGCCAAAGCUACCUCCAUACACUACAUGGAUUUUCUUGGACAGAAAUCAGAGAAUGGCAGAGGAUCAAUCCGUUGUUGGCCGUAGAAGAAUAUAUUAUGAUCAAAGCUGUGGUGAAGCUUUAAUUUGCAGUGAUAGUGAAGAAGAUAUAGUUGAUGAGGAAGAUGAUAAGAAAGCGUUUGUAAAUAUUGAAGAUUAUAUUCUUAGGCUGACUAUCCAAGAAGUAGGCCUCUCUGAUCUUGUGCUUGAUUCAUUGUCUCAGUGCCUUGAUAAGGGUCCUAGUGAAAUCAAGGCAAGAUACGAGAAUAUUUCUGUGUCAGAGAGAAGUAACAAUUGUGGUAGAACUGUUCCAAAAGAUGACAAGAUUGAAGAUUCAUUUUUGGAAAAAGAUCUGGAUGCUGCUCUUGAUUCCUUUGAUAACCUUUUCUGCAGAAGGUGUCUAGUUUUUGAUUGUAGAUUGCAUGGAUGUUCUCAGGAUUUAGUAUUUCCUUCAGAAAAACAACUUCCAUGGAGCUGCUCAGAUGAUGGAUCUCCAUGUGGCAUCCAUUGUUAUAGGCUGGCCUCCAAAUCAGAGAGCAAUGCAACUGUGAAUUCUCAGAUGCCUCGUGUACCUGAAGAACUUAGUAAUUCAAAUGGAAGUGCUGGAACACAUCUUUCGCCAAGAAAGAAAUCUUGUAGUUCCUCAAUUGGAAGGAGAGUAAGGUCCAAUCAAAGUGAAAGUGCUUCAUUAACUGCAAGGGCUGUAUCCGAAAGUAGCGAGUCAGAAGUGAGGCAUUGCCAGGAGCAUUUGACCGUUAAUCACUCAUCACCUCCAAAGACUAAUCUUGGUGUAAAAAGUGGGAAGAAAAAUAACAAAAGAGUUGCCGAGCGUGUGUUAGGUUCCUUAAGGAAGAAACAGAAGCAAGUGGUACCAUCAGACUCGGAUUCUGUAGUUAAGGGAUCAAUUGCUAAGCAAGACAUGAAACUUCGGUCAAAAAUAUGCUAUGGUAAAAAGGGAUCCGCUUCAUCAUUGCCUUCCAAAGUUUCAAAGAAAGCUGUAAAAAAAUCCAAAAAAAAGAAAUUGGUACUGCAUGAUGGUUUUGAUUCAACUUGUCCUGAAGUUCCCAAUGAAACUCAUACCGGGAUGAUCAAGGAGACACCAGCCACUGAUGGUGAUGAAGUUUCAAGAAAAGAGUUUGUUGGUGAGAAUAUAUACAAAGGUGAUAGCUGCUACAAGUCAUGGAGGACCUUUGAGAAGGGUCUUGUCUCAAAAGGCAUAGAAAUUUUUGGUAGAAACAGCUGUUUAAUUGCUAGAAAUCUUUUAAGUGGACUGAAAACUUGCAUGGAGAUUUACCACUACUUGAACUUCAUUGAAAAUAAAGCAAUGUAUUGUGCUUCUGAUGGUUCUCAUUCUCUAGUUGAAGGACAUGCCAAGGGCAUGGAUGUACGAGCAAGGUCAAGGUUCGUCAGGAGACGAGGUAGAGUUCGUCGCUUGAAAUAUACCUGGAAGUCUGCUGGUUACCAUUCCAUCAGGAAAAGGAUUUCAGAGAGGAAAGAUCAGCCUUGUCGGCAGUAUAACCCUUGUGGUUGUCAAUCUGCUUGUGGAAAACAGUGCCCUUGCAUUCUGAAUGGAACUUGCUGUGAAAAGUACUGUGGGUGUCCAAAGAUUUGCAAGAACCGUUUUAGAGGAUGCCAUUGUGCUAAGAGUCAAUGUCGCAGUCGUCAAUGUCCUUGCUUUGCUGCUGAUAGAGAAUGUGAUCCAGAUGUUUGUAGAAAUUGCUGGGUUGGAUGUGGUGAUGGCAGUUUUGGCGGGCCUGUACAACUAGGAGACAAUUAUGAAUGCAGAAAUAUGAAGCUUCUCCUAAAGCAACAACAAAGGGUACUACUAGGUGGAUCUGAUAUUUCUGGUUGGGGUGCUUUCCUAAAGAAUAGCGUUGGUAAGCAUGAAUAUCUUGGAGAAUACACCGGUGAACUGAUCUCUCAUAGAGAGGCAGAUAAGCGGGGGAAGAUUUACGAUCGUGAAAACUCAUCCUUUCUUUUCAAUCUGAAUGAUCAGUUUGUUCUCGAUGCUUACCGCAAGGGUGAUAAGUUGAAGUUUGCCAAUCAUUCCCCUGAGCCAAAUUGCUAUGCUAAGGUAAUCAUGGUAGCUGGUGAUCACAGAGUAGGCAUAUUUGCCAAGGAACGCAUUGGUGCUGGGGAAGAGCUGUUCUAUGACUACCGUUAUGAGCCAGACAGAGCUCCCGCUUGGGCAAGGAAGCCUGAAGCUUCUGGAUCGAAGAAGGAGGAAGCUGGCCCUUCAACUGGCCGUGCUAAGAAACUUGCUUAACAUAGAAGAAGGGAACGAUUUUAUUCUAACCCAGGUUUUUACUCAUUUUGGUUCAUUUUAAUUCAUAUUGGCUAACAUUUCAGAUGCAUUAAUUUUUGUAGAGGUUAGAGGUGAGAUAUAAACUAAUCACCGAGAACCUUCUUGCUCUUUUUGAUUAAAAUUAAUGUAUUACCUUUUUAUACGCCAUUUUUAACAUUCUCUUUCACGCUGUAAACAUUCUUUGGUCAGCUGACAAAAGCAUUCAGAAAUAUAUCCUUCAAAUUGUUUUACUUC